UUAAAAAGUUCUAUGCCGUUCUGUGCAGCCUGUUGGACAAGACCAACGUAAAUCCUUUAAUUUUACAUAUUAAAAUCACACAUUUUAAAUGGCCCUUAUCAUUAAGCACAUUUAUUAAUACCUCAAAUGUAAAACCCUCUGAUGCUGAAUUUCGAGUCAGCUGCCUCUGCUGUUAGAGCCAUGUUGUUUAAGCUCACUGCUUUGUCUUAGCUUACUUCGUAGCUAAGUAAAUUAUGUAGAAGGACUGUGGCUUUUACGCCUGACUUCAUCGCGCGACGUUUUAUUUGAAUGAAAUAAAAGCAAGGGUAAUGGCUUCCAGUGUAGGACAUGACAUGAGUAGUACAAUUAGUAGUCUGGGGCAAUAUUUUAACCACAACAAAAACUCACUUUUUGAAGUUGAAAAACAAAAAAAUCAUUACAAGUUGAACUUCAUUCAUAGAUUGGUGUAUGUGGCGAGGACCAAGGAAAAUCCAACUAUAGAGGAUAAACGAGGCGAAAUUGUAGGUAAUGGAAGUUACCAAUACUAUGAGAAAUUUCUCUCCACAUUCCUGAAGAAUAUGUUCAUGGAUGGAGUCACUGGCCUACUGCUCUUGUACCACAACUGUGUCAUUCAUUUGCUAGAGUCCACUGCAGAGGUUCAAACUGACAUUUUAAAAGAUCUGAGUACAAUGGAAGAGACCUCUGGCGCUCUCAUGCGGGAUAUCAGGAUUUUGGUGAUCUCUCACUGCAUAGAAAACCGCAUGUUCCCCUCAUGGAGGUACCGCUUACUGAACCCGUGCCUGCAGGAUCCUGAACUGCAGUCACAGCCAGUGGAAGUCCUGGUUCUGGAUUCUCUUACCUUGGUGUACCGUCUCUGUGUUCACCUACUAAACCGCUCGGAAAGUUUCACAGAAGAGGAUGAGGAGGAGCAUGACCUCCUUGUGGAUGAAGGUGUAGUAAUGUACCUCUGUCAGAGCACCAUGCUGCGUUCACCCUCCACUUUCUUGGAGGCCUACGACAAGCCUGUCAACAUUCUUCCUGACUCUGAAAUAGUGUGUCCAGCUCCACGACGCCUUUACUGGUAGCUUGUGUGUGAGGUCACAAGAUCUGUUCAUCACAUUGCAUUUUGAAAUUUUGAGGUGAUCACAAUGAUUUUUCUUAAACUAUACAAUUAACAAUGACUGGCCUUCUCUGUGCAUUACAGUAGUAUGCUGAUGUGUACUAUUUAAAAGCUGAGAGUGUAUUUACAUUUUUGUUCACUAAUAUUUAAAUUCAGCUGUUUUCCAAAAGCAAGCGGUGUGUAUAGUUAAAGAAAUAAAGUGGUUUCAGGCAUUUUAAGGAACACCAAUGCAAAUGAGAGCUUUCUUUAGCAAUUCAUUCAUUUUAGCCCUAUAAUGCACAAAGCCUGGAUAAUUUAGGUUGCAAAUAAAAACCAGAACCUCUUUGUCAGCUAUUAUCACGGAGUCUGCAGUAAUAGGA